AUGCUCGGGAAGCAGAACCACGACGCUUCAGGACAACUGCUGGAUGUUCGUCGUGUUCUCACUGGCGAAGAGAUCUUCGCCAGUCUCAGUAGCAAGCCUGUAUUAGCGGACGGGGUUGAUACUCUGAGAAUCAAAUUUAAAGAACACUCCACACGGGAUAGCAAAAAGCGUGACGAUCGUUACAAGGUUAGACCUAUCGAGACUGACAAAGAGCGUGUUCCGCGGUAUCGCUCUCACCACGUGGAAAUUAAGAAGAAUAUUCUCACCCCAAAUACGAUGCUGAUGCUUAUUCCCUACUUGAAGGACCUUGAAAGUUCUGAAGAGACAAAGUACAGACUUUGGUUACAGGAGGUGGAAGACGUCGACCGCAAAUCUGGAUUUAUUCCCAUGAGUCGCGAGGAGAAGAGGCGUGUAACUGUGCGCUCGGAAGUCGCGUCGACUGUCUCGCUCUAUCUUGAAAACUGGUUGGUCCGGCUCAAGCUUCCCGGCUGCGACAAAUCAACCUUGAUCCGAUACAUGGCAAACCGGAAACUUGAUGAUACGAUCCCGCCCCGACAGAAGUCAGACACACUCAACGCUCAUCGUCCAGCCGAGUCAAUUACCCCCCCUGAGGCCGACUGGGCUGUCGAGAUAUUCAUGGAAGCAUUUGAUCGUGUAUUCUAUCAAAACGAAUCUUCGAUGAAACAGAUUAUGCUCCGAGACGUUCUCUUACCUGACGAGUCUAUCGACAGCAUCAUGGCUGCCAAACCGGCGGUUAAGGACAGCUCCCCGUGUCUCGAUGGAGAUGAAUUUGAGGCUGCAGAAACCAAUUUGGAAACUUAUUGUAUUCUUGGCUGUCUCCUGUGCUUUAGCCAUUCUUGCGAGCAUGGAGAGUACGAUGCUUCCAACAUUAAACACUGCCUUUCGAUGCUGCCUCGCCUCUCAGAUACCCUUAGGCGAAGGCGAAACAUCCCAUCCGAUAAGACCAACGUCGCCAAGAGCCAUCCUCAUAACACUUGCAAACGCAACUGUCACCAAAUAUCAGUUACUUCCUUGGUACAGUCUGCACAGCGGCCUUGGACGUCGGAAGAGCGCAGUCUCAUGCGAUCCAUGGUUGUGGCAGCCAAACACAGUCGUGUCCAAACAGACCCCUUCUGCACCGUGGCCCUCCUUAUCAAUCGCGACUGUCGCGAUGUUUUCCUCGAGUAUCAAUGCCUCGGUGUCAGUCUGCCUCCGUACGAGCCAGUGAGCAAGAUGCCAAUCAGGGCGGUGCCAUGGUAUGAUCGCUUCAAAAAGGAGUUGAGUGGCGACUGGGAACAUCACACGCAUAGCCAUAAGCAUCAACAGCGUGAGCUGAUUGUGCAUUGCUCCCACGAAGGGCCAUGCACCGAGGGAAAUUGUAGCUGUGUCAAGCAUGGAUAUUUAUGUGAGAAGUACUGUAGAUGCGUGGUGGAGAAUUGCGCAUACAAAUUCACUGGCUGUGCUUGCCUUUCGCAAGGCAAAGCUUGUCUUUCGAAACAAAGGGAUAGUCCAUGUGUUUGUGUGCAGCUGCACCGCGAGUGCGAUCCGGAUCUCUGCGAUACCUGUGGCGUUCUGGAGAGGGCUGAUCCUGAAAGUGCCAAAGAUGAACGCCUCCACGCGACUGGCUGUCAAAACUGUGCUUUACAACGUAGCCCUACCAAGGCCCUCGUCUUGGGCCAAAGCCAGCUAGAGGGAGUUGGCUACGGGCUUUUCACAGCUGAAUUCAUCGCACAGGGCGAUUUCAUCAUCGAGUAUGUUGGAGAACUCAUCACCCACGAUGAAGGCGUUCGGAGAGAGGCCAGACGCGGUGGUGUAUUCGAUGAACGAUCCGAUAUCUCGUACCUUUUCACGCUUCUCGAAACUGAAGGCAUAUGGUUAGACGCGGCUGUAUAUGGCAACCUUAGCCGAUACAUCAACCAUGCAUCGGAGAAGUCAGGCGUCGAUAAGUGUGGCUGCAACAUCACGCCUCAGGUUCUUUACGUGAAUGGCGAGUACCGGAUUAAGUUCACUGCGAUACGUGAUAUCCAAGCUGGCGAGGAACUCUUUUUCAACUAUGGUAAGAACUUCCCAAAUCUGACCAAGAAGCUGCUCGACCAUAAAACGGAAAAGAUAUUGGAUGGGGCCAAGAAGGGCAAACGCUCGCCAAAACACAAAAGGCAGUAUGAAAUGGGCAAGACGGUCCAGUGUCAAGAAGACCUUGAACGUCCGCGAAAGCGGAGGUGA